AUGGUCUACAAAAUGCUAUGUGAACAGAAUGAGGAAAAUGAUAGUGAUGCAACCCCCAUACGAAAAUAUUCACUUGAUUGGAUGAUAAUAGUAGUGGAGGAGGUGAAAAACGAAUUGGUUUUCACCAAAGAAUCCAUCAACAAGUUUGAAAUGUCUCAUGUGACCACUUUAAAUGCAGCUACAUCCUCUCAAUAUAUGGUUAAAUUACAGGAUGAAAUCAUGCGCUACAGAAAUGAUCUUAUACGAUUUAUAAAACAAAAGGUGGAAAAGGUUAAUUUUGAUUACACACACCAUCAGGUGUACCACUGGAUCAGUGGAGAACGACGUAGACCACCAUUUCAACGAAAUAGACAACGAGUGCGCAAACCACAAUUUUUGUCUAUUGACACGAGUUCAGCAGAUUCCACCUCUGAAACAGACAUCAGAACCAUGACGGGCCAUAGAGGUUCCACAAGAGACACAUUGCAAUCACAAUCCUCGACUUUUUUAGGGAUGGAACAACAUACAAACGACCCCCCUGGCAAAUUUACACGCCCAAGACGAGGUUCAAAAGAUGCAGAGUCAUUAGAAGAGGACAAAGGAACAAGAUUUAUAAAUACAAGGUCAAAACCACCAACCAAGAGGAAAUGA